GCCAUCACAACCACCCUCAGAGAGUCAGAGUAGGACCUCAUGAAUCACAUGCGCACUAAUAUAGUAUCGUUUCUAUAUAUACCAAUUACCACGCACGUAAGCUUAUAUCAGCGACCCAGCAGCUCAUACCACUCUCUCUAUAUCGUCAUCUUCACACGCAAGCCACGCCCCAAUUGCUUAUCCAUGGCGAUUUCUCUACCCAACGCUCUCCUUCCUCUUAAAACUGAAAUUUUCCCGUCAAAUACACGUUUAGCAGUGACGCCGGUCGGACGAUCAGAUUCUCUCAACAUCUUAUCGACGACGAGGAAUUUUACAGCUCCUCGAGUCUUAUCCAAGACUAGCGAACCUUUGUCUUCUAUGAUUAUUGAACUUGCAAAGGACCAAAAGAAUGAAAACCUAGAACAGGAUGAUGAUCAAACAGAGAGACAAAUUGCCGAUGUUUGGAGAGAAAUCCAUGGAGAGGAUGAUUGGGUCGGAUUGCUUGACCCGAUGGACCCGAUUUUGAGAUCCGAAUUGAUUCGGUAUGGCGAGAUGGCUCAAGCCUGCUACGAUGCUUUCGACUUCGAUCCGUAUUCGAAGUACUGUGGGAGUUGCAGAUUCUCUCGUCGGAAGUUCUUGGACUCGCUUGGGAUGUCAAAUCUUGGAUACGACGUCACCAGGUACCUUUACGCCACCUCGAACAUUAACCUCCCUAACUUCUUCAAGAAGUCACGGUGGCCGAAGGUCUGGAGCAGGAACGCCAACUGGAUCGGGUACGUCGCGGUCUCAAACGACGAGACCUCGAAGCGGUUAGGCCGUCGCGAUAUCACCAUUGCAUGGCGGGGCACCGUGACGCGGCUUGAGUGGAUUACCGAUUUAAUGGACUUUCUGAAGCCAGUUUCGUCUCUUAAAAUCCCCUGUCCGGAUCGGACCGUGAAAGUCGAAUACGGGUUCCUGGAUCUUUAUACUGACAAGGACGAUUCGUGCCGGUUCUGCAAGUUCUCGGCCAGAGAACAGAUCUUGUCGGAGGUCAAGAGACUUCUCGACUUGUAUCAAAAUGAAGAAAUCAGCAUCACCAUUACCGGUCACAGUCUGGGCGCGGCGUUGGCGAUUUUGAGUGCAUUCGACAUCGCCGAAACGGGUCUUCACGUGUUGAGAGACAGUCGGGCGGUGCCGGUAUCCGUGCUCUCGUUUGCGGGUCCUCGGGUCGGGAACGUUAGGUUCAAGGAACGGAUUGAAUCGCUGGGUGUCAAAGUGCUGAGAGUGGUGAACGUGCACGAUAUGGUGCCAAAGUCGCCGGGAUUACUGUUCAACGAGCAUGUGCCGGUGAAGGUGAUGAAGCUCGCGGAGGGCUUGCCGUGGAGUUACUCGCACGUCGGAGUGGAACUGGCGUUGGAUCACAAUAACUCCCCGUUUUUGAAAGAAACGGGUGACCCGGUUGGUGCACAUAAUUUGGAGGCUCACUUGCAUUUGCUUGAUGGAUACCAUGGAAAAGGCCAUAGAUUUGUGCUGUCCAGUGGAAGGGACCCAGCGUUGGUAAACAAGGGCUCUGAUUUCUUGAAAGAUCAUUACUUGGUCCCACCAUACUGGAGGCAAGACGAGAACAAGGGCCUCGUGAGGGGCCAUGAUGGCCGUUGGAUGCAGGCAGAGAGAUCUAAACUUGAUGAUCAUCCAUCUGACAUGCACCACCACCUCAGACAAUUAGGCCUAGCCGCCUAGCUUCGCACCAUAUGGAUCUUGCCAGUACCUGCCCUGCCCCAUGAAGGACUGAACUCUACUGGCCCAUCUUACUUCACUCAUGGGCUUGUCAGCCCACGAGCUUAUCUCGAUUUUCAAUCGAUUUUACUAAAGAAAUAUGUAAAUUUGCGUAACGGCCCUAAAACUCAUGGUCGUCCUUAAUUAAUAUUUAAUUCUUUUAUUUUAUUAAUUAAUAAUUAAGAAAAUAUUCAUCAAUAUCAAUUAGAGUAUGCUUACCAUAUAUAUAAGAAAAAUAUACAAUGAAUAUGAAAUGUAUAUUUAUUCAAUUAA